UUGGACUCUAUUUCGUGCAAACACAAAACUUUACAUUUAGAAAAAUUCACAGAAAGAGGUCAGAAAGCCCAAACCUGCAUAGGAAACCCACUAGCACCCGUAUGUAGAUAUCAUCAUUGCCGUUACCAAACCGACUGCUCUAUCUCAUGUCCACAUGCUCUGGAUGAAGACGAAGAAGAAAAGUUCCGAAAACGGACGCCAUGCAUCAAGCUAGGCCGACCAGCCGCCUUACGCGAACCCCAACGGGUUCCACGAGCAGAGCUUCUCUGGACUUCAUGGGGUCAGGUCCCGGGCCUAGCGUCCCUGCGACGUCCAACCAUGCGGUGCCCUCGUCGUCAUUUCAGGACCGGGGACAUCAAGACCUGGUCGAGGCACUCCACGAUCUCGACAGUGGGCACCGCUCGCGGGCCUCGUCAGCGGCCAGCAUAUCGGCAGCGCCAGUGGCCUCAGUGGGUCCCCUUCCAAGGGCCGAAGCCGAAAGAAGCGGAGGUGGCGCCAUAGGCGGCGAGUCUGGCUGGGCGUCCGCAAUCUCCAAGGAGGCCAUCUGGGUGCUGGGCAUCGUGGUGGCGCUGUGCCUGCUGCUCGUGGCACUCGUCUACCUCAACCUGAGCCACAGGGCGGGCAUGUGAACACCGUGCAGUCCUGUCGCUCCUGCCCACAAGACUCAUUCGUGGUCUUUCGCAGACCUUGCUUCAUUACAUGCGCUGAUAUCGGUAUUCACGCUUCGUUUUUAUGUAUUCAAAAGCAUGAGUGAAUAAACAGUUUAUUUUGGCCUGAAUGUAUAUUAAAACGAAGACCUCCGCAGCAAUGGGGGUCGCUAGCUAAAACCGCACGUAACGGUAAAGCCUAA